AUGAGAAAUCAAGUGAUUUUUUUCUAUACUCGAAAAUCAUUUAUAGGUGAGUUGAAAAAAGCCAAGAAAACAAUCGAUAAUGAUCAAUAUUCCUGGACAAUUGCGCGUUUUGGAAAAAAUUAUUCAUUUGAUUAUGUUUGGAUACAAGGUCUAUGUGUCAAUAUUAAUAAAAAUGAUGAUACAUUGCUCAUAGAAGAUAGUACGGGUUUAGCAAAAGUACACAAUUGUACAAGAAUGCCAAAUGUAUGGACAUUAAUUGAAGAAGGUCAUUAUAUAAUGGUUGCUGGUAAAUUACUAUCGAUUGGCGAUUCAUUGGCAAGCACAAGUCCCGUUAUAUUAGACGCAUAUAAAAUUCAAUGUAUUAAUGAUUUGCCUAAAACAGAAAUUAUUUGGCCCUAUGAAGUGAUUGAUAUUCAUCAACAAGUCUAUUAUGCCUAA